AUGUUACGUACACUGGGAAAUUCUUUGAUGCGACAAACUACACGUAUUCUUCGUUGUCCUCGAUUUGUAUCAACGAAUCCAACAGCUGGUUCAAUCAAUGAAGCUCAUGAUAAGUUUGCAGAACGUGAACAAGCUUUGGAGAAUGCUUAUUUUCGUAAACAUAACGAAGAACUUUUAGCAAAAUUACGUCACCACCAUCAAUUCUUGGAAAAUCAAUCUGAUGAAAUAGAACGUGAACAAAAACGUAUCGAAGAAGAAAUCAAACGAUUAGAGAAACAUCGUGAAGAAUUGAUGAAAAUACAUCUGAAAAAAAAGAAUCAAUGA